AUUUAAAAUGAAAUAGAUUUGUACAGCAUCAUGCAGUAUCCAAGUUAUUAUGCUUUUCUCCUGGGCAUAGAGGCCAUCAGCAACCAGUAGCAGGAAAAGCCAGUGCCUAAAGAGAACCACAAAGGGAGAGAAGGCUUCUCUUAAUACUGACUAGGUGAAGGGAAGUGAAGCUGACACUCUAUCACGGUACCCCAGACCUGCAGCAUCAACAUGAGCUACGAUAAACACAUCCUGUGGGUCUGCACCGCUGCUCUGGUCACUGGUUGGGUCCUCACGAAUGAUGACGGACAUUGUUCUGGGACUGUCAUGAGGCACUCAUGCAACUGGACUUGUAUGCAUCUCACUCUUCAAUGGCCUGGGAGUUUCUGUAUUGGCAUUAACAACAAAACCAUCUGCAAAAUACCACAGACGGUUCAAUACUGGACCAUCCAUGGCCUAUGGCCUAUACGUACUGGUCACUGCUGUGACUGCUGGCCGAUAUACCAUUCCCAUCUUGAGGAAAUUGAGCCUGAUCUCACGAAACUGUGGCCAUCUUUUAUAAAAGGAAAGCACUUCUUCUACUUCUGGAAGGAUGAAUGGGUUAAACACGGGACGUGUGCAGGCUGUGUGGAGACCAUGGGUUCACCGCUUCUUUAUUUCCAGACCGCUGUCAAGCUUCGGAAACUCUAUGACAUUGAUAAUAUCUUGGAAAAAUCUAGAAUCAAAACCUCAUGCGAAGUGUCAUAUAAGCUUGACGACAUACGUGGCGUUUUGACCCCGCUGCUUGGAGAAAACUAUGAUUUGCAAUGUGUGACGGACAGCGAGGGCCGUGAAGCGUUGAUCCAGCUGAAGAUCCAUCUCUCCAGGAACCAAACCCUUGGAUGCCCCAAACAAGAACAAGAGCAAAAGUUUGAUCUGUUAGCGUGGUCUAACAGCACAGGACAUCCCUGUCCGAAGAACAGCACUGUCUUUUAUGUUCCAAUUAACUACGAAAAUCCUCAUGAACCCUGUAAUUAAGAGAAGCUGAAGCUUUCACUGCUUUCAUGUUUGACUGUCCUUUUCCAGUCCUCAGAUCGAAUGCAUUUGAAUAAAAAUGUUACAUAAUUCCUAAAUAUUAAA